AUGGAGGUGGCCAGAGCAGGUCUCAUUUGCCUGCUGCUGCUGGGGAGCUGGGGCCAGGGGCCUCUUCCCUCUGGAGCCUCUCUCCUCUCCCAGGAGGGAGACCUUCCCCUAAGUGAGGACCUUCUGCAGCCUGAGAAGAUCAGUGAGACCACCCCACCCAAUCCUGAUGUCCACCUCAUCCGGAGCAAGCCAUCUGCCCACGUGAGGCCGUAUAGCCUGUCCCGCUCUCCCAAUGACUACCACUACGCCCCCAAGCCCAAGCAUCUCAGGGCCCCUCGGUUGUUGAAGCUGCUGGGCCCCUCAUACGACCCCUUCUGGAUGUCCUCGCAGGAUCCACGAAGCCGCAACACCAGCCUGGAGCAGCUGGGCACCCUGAGCCAGGACCUGGCCGAUGGCACCAGCCGUUACCGGAAGAAGCUGCUGCAAGAGGCUGAAAACGUGGAGCUUCCUAUCCUGCUGCCCCCGGAGGAGAGGACGGCCAGCAACCUAAGCCAAGCUGUUGCCCACCGCCUCCGUCGGUGGCUGGUGGACAGCGCCACCUGCCACCUGACCUCAUCCUGGGUGGAUCUGGGGCCUGUCUUCUGGCCACGUUGGGUCCGCCACACAGAGUGUGACACCUCCCACACUGGCUGCUCCUGGCCUCCUGGCAUGACCUGCCGUCCUGCCCAGUUCACCCACAUCAAGCUCCUGGUCUGGCACUGCUGGAUGAGCAAGGACCCAGCCAUAGACACGGGCAGGACUCUCCAGCAAUGCACCUGGAGGCAGAUUCCCUACCCAGUAGUGUCUGCUUGCAAGUGCUCCUGUCGGUAA